AUGGGUAGUGUGGUACAUAAAAAUGAAAUAAGUCGCGACUACAAAAAACAGGACAUGGAAAUGGUUGAUUCCGAGUCACUCGUGAUGAAAAGGAGUACUGGAGCUUACUUGACAUGGGAAGAGGUGGGAGUAUAUGUUUCAAGAUCUAAUGGAAGCAGUGCAAGAAAAGAUGGAUGUAAAUCAAUACUUUUUGGUGCCACUGGCUACGCUAAACCGGGAGAGAUUGUUGCCAUUAUGGGUCCUUCUGGUUGUGGCAAAUCUACUCUCCUUGACGCUUUGGCAGGGCGAUUGGCAUCAAACGCUAGGCACACUGGACGAGUUCUAGUGAAUGGAAGGAAACUUAAACAUACCUAUGGCACAAUGGCAUAUAUGACUCAAGAACAAGUUUUAACAUGGACUCUUACGGUCAAAGAAACAGUCUACUACUCUGCUGAGCUGCAACUGCCAAAGUCGAUGAGUAGAUCUAUGAAGAUGGACAGAGCUGAUAGAACUAUAAGGGAGAUGGGGCUGCAAAAAGCAAUGAAUACAAGAAUUGGAGGGUGGGGGAUCAAAGGACUUAGUGGUGGUCAAAGAAGGCGGUUAAGCAUCUGCCUAGAACUCUUGACACGCCCCAAGCUUCUCUUGCUUGAUGAGCCUACGAGUGGUCUUGACAGCGCAGCGUCAUAUUAUGUAAUGAAUCAGAUUGUUAUGCUCACUCAAGAAUAUGGGAUGACGGUCUUAGCAGCCAUCCAUCAACCUAGUAGUUAUGUUUUUGGGCUCUUUAACAAUCUAUGUCUUCUCUCUUUGGGAAAAACAAUAUAUUUUGGUCCUACCUUAGCAGCAAGUCAGUUUUUUGAAGUGAACGGUUUUCCUUGUCCAGAUGUACAGAGUCCAGCAGAUCAUUACCUCUUAACUAUCAACACAGAUUUUGAUGAUGACAGCAUUAAUGGAGAUACCGCUGUUGAGAAACUAAUUGAUGUACUUGCUGAAUCCUACAAGUCACAUGUAAUAUAUAUGGAAGCCCAAAGUGAAAUAGCUGCUAUAUGUGGACAGGAAGGAAGCCCUAUUGAGAAAAACAGAAGCCUGCAAGCUUGUUCAAUUACACAGUGUCGGGUGCUAGCAGAAAGAUCAUUCUUAAAUAUGUAUCGCGAUAUAGGAUACUACUGGUUACGGCUUGGUAUAUAUAUUGCUUUGGGGUUUGCAGUGGGAACAGUCUUUUAUGAUAUUGGCUCUGGGUUCGGGUCCUUAAAUGCUAGGAUUUCAAUGCUCAUGUUUGUGGCUUCAUUCCUUACCAUCUUGGCCAUCGGUGGUUUCCCAUCGUUCGUGGAGGAAUUGAAGGUCUUUCAAUGGGAAAGAUUAAAUGGCCAUUAUGGCGUUGGAUCAUUUGUUAUCAGCCACGCCAUAUCGUCAACGCCCUACCUACUAGUCAUCUCACUAAUUCCAGGAGUAAUAGCUUACUCACUUUCAGGACUUCAGAAAGAAUAUGCACGAUUUGUCUUUUUUGCACUAGUCCUCCUUGCAUCAAUGUUACUAGUUGAAUGCUUGAUGAUGAUCGUAGCAACCGUCGUGCCAAAUUUACUAAUGGGCAUCAUAUCUGGUGCUGGAGUCCAAGGCUUGAUGAUUUUAAGUGCAGGAUUUUUCCGGUUGCCAAACGAUCUACCUAAAGUUUUUUGGAGAUAUCCCAUGUACUACAUUUCAUUUCACAGGUAUGCAUUACAGGGAUUGUAUAAAAAUGAGUUUGCCGGGCUUAAGUUCCCCAAGUACUCAGGAGGUCCUCCUACCAUUGAUGGAGAGACAAUAUUGAAGGGUGUACUGCAGAUCGAGAUGGGAUACUCUAAAUGGGUCGAUCUCGGAAUCUUGUUUGGUAUGGUGUUUGUAUAUAGGGUAAUACUCUUCUAUACUAUAAAGAUGACAGAGAAACUAAAGCCUGUAAUUAGAGCUUUCUUGUUGAGUUCUACUUUUGGAAGCUAG